AUGAGUGACAAAGCCAACACGACUGGGAGCCAAAGUGAAGCAUUUGGCCCAACGUAUAUAGUUGAGCCAACUGAAUCACACACCCAUACAGUAGUUCUCCUCCACGGUCGAGGAAGCAGCGGUGAAGAGUUUGCCCAGGAGCUCCUCGAAGAGACUUUACUAUCAGAUCAAUCCAGCCUUGCCCAAAAAUUACCCAGCUGGCGAUGGGUGUUUCCUUCAUCGCGUGAGCUAUGGAGCACGGCUUUUGAGGAGGACAUGCCCGCGUGGUUUGAGGCUUCUUCUUUGACGGAUACUAUUGCUCGACAAGACCUUCAAAUCCCGGGCAUCAGGCAGUCGAUCAGCUACAUCAAGACGAUUCUAGACCAGGAGAUUGAAAGACUUGGCGGAGAUACGUCAAGAGUGGUCUUGGGUGGAAUUAGUCAAGGUGCAGCGGUGGCAAUAUGGACAUUGCUUUGUCUAGACUCUGUCGAGAGACCUCUCGGCGCCUUUUUCGCUACAAAUACUUGGCUCCCCUUUGCUUCCAGUAUCGAGAACUACCUAUCAAACGAGCAAAAGUCGCCUAUAGAUACAGGAACUGAGUUUGUCGCUGGGAUGCUGGCUCAGUCAAAGGUCUCACAUCCUCAAUCUCGAGAAAGACCCCCAUCAACGACCGUCUUUCUUGGUCAUGGAACCGAUGACGCGUAUGUUGAUGUCGAACUUGGAAGAAAGGCGCGAGACAUCAUUAUUCAGGCUGGCUUUACAGUUGAGUGGAGAGAAUAUCAGGGAGCAGAGCAAGAGGGACAUUGGUUUAAAGCACCAGAAGAAGUUGACGAUCUGCUCAACUUUCUUAUGAAGCACGUGGAAAAGCCUAAACAACAGGCUCAAGUGUGA